UAUAGAAAUCCAAAAGACUGGAUUUUUAGACUUUUACAGUGAUUCGAUUUUGAACACGCCUUCUUCUUUCUGUAGAAUCUUUAAUUGGGUAGUUUAAUUUAAAAAAACCAAUCUUUUUCUUUAUUUUAUUUUAUUUUGGUUCUUCUUCUUCCUGGUAAGCUCAGUUGUUGCUUUUCCACCAAACAUCAAAACUUGAUUUUUUUUUUUUUUUAAAUAAAAAGAUGCAAAAUAUUAUCAUCUUGCUGAAGACUUUGGCUCUUUCUCGUGCAACCCAACUGUCAAAAACAUAUAUUUCUCUUCAUUUGAGCUCCUUUUGGAGGAUUUCUCCAGUUGGGUAUUUCCCCUAUUUGAAGAUAUGAUCAAGAUUCAUAUAUGUAAGCCAGCAUCAAUGCUUGUGAAGUCUUCUAUGAAUAGAGAGGAAGUUUUGUAGCUUGUUAUAACGGUGAAGUGUUGAGUAGCUUGAAGAGGAUAUCAUGUCUUUAGUCAGGUCUGUGGAUUCUUCCACCUCAUAUGGCGAGUCCAACAUCUAUUCACUUAAAGGCAACAUUGAUGGCACUGGUCUAUCCACUCAAAUAUUUUGCUCCGAUAAGCGUAAAUUCAAGUAUGGCCCUGAAUCCUUUUGCCAUGAGAUUUAUAGCAAGCAGUACCCUCAUUCUUCCCCAGAAGAAUAUCCGAGUCAACAGAUUGGCUCACUUCACCAAUCUAACUCCAGCUUUUCCAGCCCUGUAUUUUGCCCUCAAGGUCCAACAUCCUACCGGCUGAUGGCUACUUCAGGAUCCUCUGUCACUACACAAAAUGAAUAUAAUUAUUUUGCCACAACCCAGGAUUCGCUUCCGUUAAUGUUCACCGACAACUCUGCACAGACCCUUUCUUCAUCAGAUAGCCCAGAGAAUGGAAUGGACUAUGGUGAAGAUGAAAUCAGGUUGAAGCUUCAAAAUCUUGAGAGAGAGCUGCUGGAUGAUAAUGAUGACGACAUGUUCGAAUUGGACCAAUGCAUAGGUAUUGAUGGUGAAUGGGCGGAAUCUGUCAAGAAUCUUCUUAUCCCCAACUCACCAAAGGAAUCUUCAUCCUCAGACUCGAACCUCAGCAGCAUCAGCAGCAGUAAAGAUAUGCCUGUUGUACCCAUAUCCAGCCCUCACUCAUCCAGAAAUCUAACUCCGAAGCAGCUGCUCUUUGAAUGUGCAGCUGCAAUGUCAGAAGGGAACCUGGAGGAAGCAUCAACCCUUAUAACAAGCCUCAGACACAUGGUCUCAAUCCAUGGGGAUCCACCUCAACGGAUUGCUGCCUACAUGGUGGAAGGCCUUGCUGCUCGGAUGGCUGCCUCAGGCCAUGGCCUUUACAAGGCUCUGAAAUGCAAAGAGCCGCCCACUACGGAUCAGCUCUCAGCCAUGCAGAUCCUCUUCGAAAUCUGCCCAUGUUUCAAGUUCGGGUUCAUGGCAGCCAAUGGUGCGAUAGCUGAAGCAUUCAAGGAUGAAGAGAGAGUGCACAUCAUAGAUUUCGACAUAAACCAAGGAAGCCAAUACAUUACACUUAUACAAGCUCUUUCAACUCGGCAAUGUAAGCCACCCCAUGUGAGGAUAACAGGAGUUGAUGACCCCGAGUCGGUGCAACGCUCAGUUGGUGGCUUGAACAUCAUUGGGCAGCGUCUCGAGAAGCUUGCAGAGUUAGUUGGGGUGCCUUUUGAAUUUCGAGCAAUUGCUGCCAAGACAGGAGAUGUCACACCAUCAAUACUAGAAUGCCGGUCAGGUGAAGCACUCAUUGUUAACUUUGCCUUCCAGCUUCAUCACAUGCCAGAUGAGAGUGUCUCAACAGUGAACGAGCGGGACCAACUCCUCCGCAUGGUUAAGAGCAUGGAACCGAAGCUGGUGACGGUCGUUGAGCAAGAUAUGAAUACUAACACAGCUCCGUUCUUUCCAAGGUUUGUGGAGGCCUACAAUUACUACUCAGCUGUGUUUGAGUCGCUCGAUGUGACACUCCCCAGGGAGAGCCCGGACAGGAUAAAUGUUGAGAGGCACUGCCUUGCACGCGAUAUUGUCAAUAUUGUAGCGUGCGAGGGGGCGGAGAGGAUAGAGAGAUACGAGGUGGCGGGGAAGUGGAGGGCGAGGAUGAUGAUGGCUGGGUUUGUUCCUUGCCCGUUGAGUGCAUAUGUGAAUGGUGCGAUUCGAUCACUGCUGUUAAAAUCAUACUGUGACAGGUACAAGGUGAAAGAAGAAGGUGGGGCCCUCUACUUUGGGUGGGAGGGCAAGAACUUGAUUGUUGCUUCAGCAUGGAGAUAGUUUUUAUACAGCUCUUCUGGGACCCACAUGAGAUGAUUCCCACCCCGGAUGAAUGGAAAGCACAAAUAUCAGCCUGUUCUAGAAUGGUUUCAGUGGUGGGCAUUCAAUCUCCCGUGUUUCUUGUGGUAGCUCACAUCAUUUUUGGAUCUCCCCCAUAUUUGGGCACAACCUAAAAUGAGCUGGUGAAAUGGAUAGAGUGGAUAUAACAUAAAUAUCAUGGUGGGCCCACUGCCUUGGGUUACAUAGGAUUCCCUACCCUGUUUUACAGGCAAGUAGCACCUGGCCUUGCAUAUCCAAACUUAAAGACUUCCAAGUUGUUUCUAAUUUUUAUUCACUACCAAGUUCUGUUACAGGGGAAUGCAAUGUACUCGUAAUUUUUAGUGGACAAUGUAAUCAAUACCAAACAGAGCACCAAGAAGUUCAACUUGA